UUUUCAGUAAACGUAAAUAUCAUUUAUACGGUUAUUUUGUUUUUACCAUUCUGCUCCAUAGAAACCACAACAAACGUAUUCUUCUUCAUUCUUUGUUAUUCUGCAACGCUUCAAGAAUUAAAUAUCAGAAAAUGGAAAUAGGAAAUAAGGUUUACCUAAAUAACAUUGACCAGAUAGAUGAAAAAUCGCAUAUCAAGGUUCGGGUGCUUAAAAUUUGGAACUUUGUCAGAAAUAAUAAAGUUUGUUCCAUUGAAAUGAUCAUCAUGGAUGAGGAGGGUACACAAUACCAAGCUCGUGUCUUCAAUCAGAAUUUCUCCAGAUUUCGUCAUCUUUUAAAGGAAGAUGAAAGUUAUAUAGUUAUAAAACCCAAUAUGGCUGCUGUUACUAAUGGUUUUAGUUAUACAGGUCAUAAACAGACCUUAACUUUGGAUUGGAAAAGCAUCCUAAAAAAAUGUGAUGAUUUCUCGGGUCCGGUCAAUGGAUUUAUGUUUGUUGACUUUAAUUCUAUCAUAGAACAAACAUGCCCAAAAGACACAUUCUUUGAUGUUAUUGGACAUAUCGUGUCAUUUAGGCCUCUUGAAACUUCAAAUCCAGUACCAUCCAAGCAUUAUAUAAAAGUCACUCUUAGCAACCUAGAUUCUGUACAUCUGAAGGUUACUAUUUUUGGAAGUCAAGCAUAUCAAAUUUCAGAAUACCUAAAAAAUAACCCGACUGUUAAUUUUGUUGUUAUCGUGAUGCAGUUUUUGAAGCUAAACAUUUGGAAUGGUCUUGGUGAAGCUAAAAGUCAUUUUGAAGUAACGAAAUUGUUCAUAAAUUCUGACAUUUAUGAAAUAAAUGAGUUUAAAAAUAAGUUGAAAUGUCAUGACAAUUUCGGUAUAACUGAAAAAAGCAUAACUACACUUCAAAGCUACUCUUCUUCAUAUACAGAUGACUUUAAGGGCAAUUUUCCAUUAAAAACAAUCUGUGAGAUCACCGAACCAAUUAAGGAAAUGAAGUUUUUAUUAGUUGCUUCCAUUGUUAAUAUAAGGCAGAAUCUACCAUGGUAUAUAAUUCCAAUUAACGUACAAGAUUGUACUGGAACCAUUGGAUUGACUCUUUUUGAUAGGGAAGCAAGGAGGUUGUUAAAUAUAAGUGCCUACGAGUUGAAAAAGAUACAUGAUGCGGCCGGAGACAGUGAUGCCCUAUUUCCAAUGCAACUUAACGUGUUGAAAAACCGCAAGUUUGGUUUUGUUGUAGAUAUUACAGAAUACAAUGUCAACAACUAUAAUAACAUCUACACAGUUCUCAGAGUUACAGAAGAUAUGUCCAUUGUUUGUGAAUUGGAAAGUAAAAUAGAACUUAUGAGUAUUCAAUCUGUCUCCUUAAAUCAAGUUGCUUUGGAAUCCGAUGAUGUUGUACAGCCUGUUCAAAAGGAUGUGAUCUCACAAACAGACGAAAGUUUUACACCCUCAACAGUUGAUAAGUCAACCGCAACAAGUCCUUGCAAAAUAUCAGGUGAUUUGAAGCGCAACCUCCAAGAAAUUUAUGAUGUUGAUUCUGGAUAUGAUUUAAGUUCAACUAAGGCUAAAAGAAAGUCAACCGCAGAGGAAACUCCACUCUUGAUUCCAAAAAUUGAAAAGUGA